AUGUCUGACAAUCUCCGCAAAGGUGUUGGUGAACAAGUUUCCGAGAAGGUCACCCCCGACUCCCAAAAGUCCACCGGUACCAAGAUCAGCGAGAGCGUCUCGGGAGGUGCUGAUAAGGCUGCCUCUGCCGUUCAACCAUCCGACUCCAAGUCCACCACGCAAGAAGUCUCCGACAAGACCCGCGGAGGUGCCGAUGAUGCUCAGAGCGAAGGAAAGGGUAUUCUUGGUUCCGUCUCGGACACUGCUGGUAACGCUGCCAACACCGUCUCUGAUACCAUCUCUAACACCGCAUCCUCCCUCACCGGCAACAAGUAA